AUGAUGUUCAAGGACCUGUGCGAUAUGGGCGCUGUUUGCAAUGCCUGCAACACAUUCGUGAGCCAGUCAAGAAAGGCCGGUUACACCAACUUGCAAGCUCACCUCGUCCGCAACCACCCUGGUUACGAUACCGUGGUGCGAAGCUGCAUUAAAGAGAAGCGCAUUGUGUCCAUGGACAUGUUCAUCGACCGACACGCUCACACCACAUACCAAUGGGUGAAGCUGGUUGUGCACAAAAACUUCACACUAGCGGAUGUGGACGACCCAACGAUUCGGGACGCUGUCCGAUUUGACAGUAUCGGCUCAAAGACUCUCAAAGCCCGAAUGAUAGCCGCUGUCAAGUUGGCAGAACUUGAUAUGUGCGCCGAGCUCAAGGGUGAAAAGUACGUGUUGGUGUUCGACGGCGUAGCUGCUACUCGAUUGAGGCGCAAUCCAGUACCCCAGCGACAGAGUUCAAAGAAGGCCCAGCGGACGGGAAAAGCCUCGCAACCAAAGACCAAGCCCAAUAUGGGAAGGCAAAAGCGCACUCGCACAAACUCUCAGUCAGAAUCAGAAGACAACUUAUCCGAGCCACCUGCAAAACGGAAGCGAACACCAUCUGAGGUAAAAGCUGCUAUCAUCAAGCGAGCCAAAACCCGUGAAGAACACAAGUCGGCCUUCGUGGAUCUUGCCUGGAUACCAGCCACAUCAGUUCAAGUUGAGAGACUCUUUUCACUCGUGAAGUGCACUCUUGGGUACCUACGCAAGCGAAUGAGCGUGGAAACGCUGGAGUCAAUUCUGUACCUGCGCAUGAAUUGGGAUCUUGUCACGAACGAGAUAGUUUCUAAGUCUAUCAAGACUGCACGAGAGGAAGAUCUAGAAGAUGAAGAGGAGUGUGACAGCAACUUCUUGACGCGGGACGCGGCCGAGGGCGUGUUGCGCAGUGGCGCAGCGGAUCUCGUGGGCUUUGUGCGGCUGUUCCUUUCGAACCCGGACCUCGUGGAGCGAUUCCAGAAUGACUGGCCGUUGAAUGACCUCGUACCGCAUGAGCACUACUGGGACGCGCACAUGGGCGAUGUGGGCUACAACAUGUACAACCCAUACAUUAAGCAGCAAGAGUCUUCUUAA